AUAUUAUUGGAUGAAGAGAAUAGUGUUGGGGAAAUACUGAUUGUUUCAUGGGCAAUACAUGCCGUGGAUCUUUCAAGGGGAAGCUUUAUUCUUCGAAUCGCACCGCUACCAACACGUCGUCCGGCCGAUCGAAUUCGACCAGCGAUUAUUCCCCUUCCACCGUGAACUCUCAACAGCUCAUCGCUCAAGAAUUCUCUAAAGAGACCACCAAAAAGGACCCCAAUUUGCCCCUCGUCAGCCCCACCAACAAGAAAGAAAACAGCAUGAGGCGCGGUAACGAUCACCAGGCUUAUUAUGUUUUGGGUCAUAAGACCGCCAACAUCCGUGACCUUUACACUUUGGGUCGAAAGCUAGGACAAGGACAGUUUGGGACUACUUACUUAUGUACCGAGAUCUCCACGAGCGUCGAGUAUGCCUGUAAAUCGAUAUCCAAGAGGAAGUUGAUCUCCAAAGAGGAUGUCGAUGAUGUCCGGAGGGAGAUUCAGAUAAUGCACCAUUUGGCUGGUCAUAAGAACAUCGUGACAAUUAAGGGUGCGUAUGAGGAUACUUUGUACGUGCAUAUCGUGAUGGAGCUUUGCUCGGGAGGUGAACUGUUCGAUCGCAUUAUCCAGAGAGGGCAUUACUCCGAGAGGAAGGCAGCUGAAUUGACUAAGAUCAUUGUUGGUGUUGUCGAGGCUUGCCAUUCGCUCGGGGUUAUGCAUAGAGACUUGAAGCCCGAGAAUUUCUUGUUAGUUAACAAGGAUGAUGAUUUCUCUCUCAAGGCCAUUGAUUUUGGACUCUCCGUCUUCUUUAAACCAGGCCAAAUGUUUACCGACGUGGUUGGCAGCCCGUAUUAUGUUGCUCCAGAAGUACUCCUCAAGCAUUACGGACCAGAAGCAGACGUAUGGACUGCAGGAGUUAUACUCUAUAUAUUGCUAAGCGGCGUUCCACCGUUUUGGGCAGAAACACAGCAAGGAAUAUUCGAUGCAGUGAUAAAAGGACAUAUUGACUUCGAUUCGGACCCGUGGCCCCUGAUAUCUGAUAGUGCAAAGGACUUAAUCCGAAAGAUGUUAUGCUCUCAACCUUCAGAGCGGCUGACUGCUCACGAAGUAUUAUGCCAUCCUUGGAUUUGUGAAAAUGGGGUUGCUCCUGAUAGGGCACUGGAUCCAGCUGUACUAUCUCGCCUUAAACAAUUCUCAGCAAUGAAUAAACUAAAGAAGAUGGCUUUACGGGUGAUAGCUGAAAGUCUAUCCGAGGAGGAGAUUGCUGGUUUGAGAGAAAUGUUCACAUCUAUGGAUACCGAUAACAGUGGUGCAAUCACAUUUGAUGAACUCAAAGCCGGUUUACGAAGAUAUGGCUCUACCUUGAAAGAUAUGGAGAUAAGGGACCUUAUGGAUGCAGCUGAUGUCGACAAUAGUGGGACCAUUGAUUAUGGAGAAUUUAUAGCUGCAACGGUUCACCUUAACAAACUAGAGCGCGAGGAGCAUCUCGUUGCAGCGUUCCGGUACUUUGAUAAGGACGGAAGUGGCUAUAUUACAGUUGAUGAGCUUCAGCAAGCUUGUGCUGAGCAUAACAUGACUGAUGUUCUGCUCGAGGAUAUAAUUAGAGAAGUUGAUCAAGAUAAUGAUGGAAGAAUUGAUUAUGGUGAAUUUGUUGCCAUGAUGCAAAAAGGUAAUGCAGGAAUCGGUAGACGAACCAUGCGAAACAGUCUGAAUAUAAGCAUGAGAGAUGCCCCCGGUGCGCUAUAACUUCCAGCCACGAACAUCAUGUACAUUUUGUACAGUAAAGCCAGUGGAUGAUGAUCCGUGACAGCGUUCAGGGAACAGUUCCGGUUCCUCGCAUGCUCCGGGACUUUGUCGGUGAAGAAAUGGUUGUGGGAGGUUCUUUGUUGGAGUAUUUAGUGAGAUGCUAUUGGUUUAUGGAUGCCAUAUUUAACCAAAUCAUGGGUUCUGUAAACUUGAGGAGCCUGUGGAAGUGUCGAAGUUAUUGAGAUUACGAUGUCAUUAGUUAUGUCUUUAAUUGAUGUUUUUGUGUUGAUUUCUUAAGGAUUUGCAGAUAUUUGUGUUGUGAAACU